CAGGAGCUCGUGGGGCUGUCGAGGCCCCGGGUGUGGCGGAACCUCCUGCUGGGGACCGUGGGCGUGAUGCUCAUCGUCGCCGCCGCCAUCGGCAUCGUCAUCGCCACUCGCCGAAGCGGCAGCCCCGCCCCCCUCACCUCGGCGCUCACGGCCUCUCCCGGAGGCAUAGACCUGAUCGAGGUGCUCAAUGGGACUUUCUCCGCCAACUCCUUCAACGGAACCUGGAUUUCCGACAACGAAUUCUUGUUCCGGAGCGAGAACGGCGCCCUCAACAUGUUCACCGUCGACACGCAGUCCACGGAGGAGUUGGUCAACAAGGAUAUCAUGGCGGAGUGGCGUCCCUUCAAGUACAGUCUGUCCCCAAGCAGGAAAUAUCUUCUGGUUGUUCAUGAUAUACAGAAGCUGUUCCGUUACUCCUACCUCGCUCGCCACACCAUUCUUAACCUUGAGACCGGGGAGGCCAUCCCUCUGGCGCCUCAGCGGGUCAGGUCCAGGAAUGACCAGCCGCCGCUUCUGUAUGCCACCUGGGCGCCCACUGACGACGCCCUCGCCUUCGUGUCCCACAAUGACCUUUACUACACCACCGGCCCCGACUUGGCCACCAUGUACAGGCUGACUGACACUGGCCAGAUCGGUAGCAUCUUUAACGGCAUCCCCGACUGGGUGUAUGAAGAGGAAAUCCUGAGCUCCAACUCCGCCCUGUGGUUCGGCCCCAACGGCCAGCGCCUCGCCUUCGCCACCUUCAACGACUCCCGCGUCGACACCAUGAACUUCCCUCUCUACGGCCGCCCUGGGGACCUCUCGUUCCAGUAUCCCAUCCAGCAGUCCAUUAAGUACCCGAAGCCUGGCCGAUUCAACCCCGUGGUCGACCUGUGGGUGGUGGACCUGGCCAAGCUGAUCAGCGGGAGCAGCGACACCGUGACGCGCCUGCCUCCGCCUGCCACCCUGGCGAACGUGGACCACUACUUCACCACGGUGGGCUGGGCCUCGCCGGACUACGUGUCCGUCAACUGGAUGAACAGACAUCAGAAUGUGAACAUCCUGAGCAUCUGCCAGGCUGAGACGGGCGUGUGUUCCGACGACCUCGUCCACGAGUCUCCGGACAAGGCCUGGAACGACCUCUAUACUCCCCCCAUGUUCGACGAGGCCAGCGGCGACACUUACCUGAUUGUCCUGCCCACGUUCCAGGGCGACAAGGGGCACUUCAAGCACAUUAACUUCCGACGAUCAUCGGACAAGACCCUAACCCCGCUUACCACUGGCACCUACGAGGUUGUAGAUAUUCUGUCGUGGGACCGCAAGAACCACAUUGUGUACUUCACAGCCGCCCCAUCUGGAAGACCAGGACAGCGUCACAUUUAUUACGUUGGCGACCUGUCAUCACCUCAGCCAAAACAAGCUUACUGCAUCACCUGUGGUUUCAAGAAUGACUUUAAUGAGGACUGCAAUUACAACAGCGCGGAGAUGAGCAAAGACAGUACUUAUUAUGUGUUGACAUGUGGAGGACCAGGCAUUCCCCAGGUCACCCUGCAUCGCGCAUCCGACCACUCAAGGCUCAUGCUUAUCGAGGAUAACCAAGAGGUUCGUGAGCGACUCCUUGAUCGUUCCUUGCCCCUGGAGAAGCGCCUGGAAAUUGACGUUGCUGGAGGAUUCAAGGCUCAGGUCUCCAUGAAACUUCCUCCUGAUUACAACCCAACCCGGUUCCAGAGCUACCCUAUGCUGGUUUAUGUAUAUGGAGGUCCAGGAUCCCAGCUUGUGAGCGAUCGAUUCCGAAUUGACUGGGGCGACUACUUGGCCUCUGAGCGGGGAAUCAUCUACGCUUCCAUUGAUGGUCGCGGCUCAGGCUAUUCUGGCGACAAGCUUCUCCAUUCCCUGUACUAUGGCCUUGGAACAGCUGAGGUUGAGGACCAGAUUGCAGUGACAUCAGCUCUGCAGAAAUCCUUCCCAUUCAUCGAUUCUUCCCGAACGGCCAUUUGGGGAUGGUCCUAUGGCGGUUACGUGACUGCUGCUGCCUUAUCAAAGGAUGUAAACAAUGUCUUCAAGUGUGGCAUCUCAGUUGCACCUGUGACUUCCUGGAUCUAUUAUGAUACUGUAUACACUGAAAGGUACAUGGGUCUUCCUACACCUGAUGAUAACCUGCGUGCUUAUGAUGCCUCAGACAUUACUAGGAAUGUGACAAACUUCAGAAAUAAAGAAUUCUUCCUCAUACACGGGACUGCUGAUGACAAUGUGCAUUACCAACAGUCCAUGAUGUUAUCCCGAGCAUUAGAAGUAAACGACAUUCUGUUCAGAUCACAGAGCUAUCCUGACGAGAACCACGGUCUGGCAGGAGUCAAGAGGCAUCAUUACCACAGCAUGGAAGACUUCCUGAAUGACUGCUUCAACAAAGCAUAAUCAUCACUUCUUUUAACAUGAUGUCUGUGUAAUAAUUUCUUUCAUAUUCCAUAAAAAAGCCAUAUAUUUUGUUAAUUUUCACAAAUGGGUAUCUUUUUCUAUUGCUCACUGAAAAUACAUAUAUAUAUAAAAUAUUUAAAACAGUGUUUCCCUGUCUCUGAUGUUUGAAGAGCUUUGACACUGUUAGUGAUAUACUGUACUUUAAAAAGUACGUCUUUCUUUCUCUUCAUUUGUAAAGGGCAGAAUGAGGUUAUUGUGAAAUUUUAUAAUGACUUCAAAACUUAUUUUAUAGGGAAGAUGACUGCAUUCCAGGAAGAUAUAUCAUUCCAAAUUAUCUAGGAUGAAUAGAGCUUUCUAAUAUUAGCAUUUACAUAGGCAGCAUAAUGAUGAUACAAAUUUUAAUUUUAUAGUAUGCAGAUUCUAGAUGGAUUUAAAAAGGACAAUAUUGAUAUAGAUAAAUAUACAAGUAGAAAUAUAAAUAUAAAUAUAUAUGUAU